GAUACCGUAACUUGGAAGACUGAAGCAGUCGACAAAAUUUGUAUCGACGAAGAUAUUAUACGUGAAAUUUGUUGUUAGCUUGCUUAUGCUUGAAAGAUAUCUGCAAAAAGACGUGCUCAACCAUAUUGAUCUGUAACAACACACAAUGGGUGUAAGAGGACUGCUGUCUUAUGUCCAAGGACAAUGUCCUGAUGCUUUUGAACGUGUGGAUCUCAGAAGACUAGCAGACCAGUAUUAUCAAAGGUACAACACCAAGCCUCAGCUUUUAAUCGACUGCAAUGGUUACAUCAGGGAUAUCUAUGGAUCGCUAGAGUUUGCCUUUGGGGGACAAUGGCUGCAGUAUUUAGAACACAUCAAAGAGUUUAUAAGAUACUUUCAAAAUGCUGGAUUUGAGCUUCUUGUUAUGUUCGAUGGAGUUGUGGAAAAGAAGAAAAUUAAAACCUGGAUCGAUAGGAGGCAAAAUGAAAGGAAAUCUGUUUCCAAAAUCUUUAAUUUCAUCAAGCAUUCAGGACGGCAUCCUGACCACAAGCUGUUUCACAUCCCAACAAGUCUUAGCACUCUUACACGUUUUGCUAUGAAGGGCCUUGGUGUCACCAUCUACAAUUCUUCCAUAGAGGUUGAUAGAGAACUAUUUCUCCAUUGCAGGAAUAGUAAAAGCUUUGGAAUUGUCAGUAGGGACACAGACUUCAUGAUCUUUGAUGUGCCACAGUGGUUCUACAUAACCUGCAGCAAUGGACACGUCAGAGAAGUGCAGCUGUUCAGGAGAGAUAUCUUUUGUCAUCAUCUAGGCAUUCCUCCACAGUUCUUACCUCUUCUUGCUUGUUUACUAGGUUGUGACACAGUGCCUUUUCCUAUGCUCUCUCAGUUCCACAAAAGAGUGACUCGUGGCAAACGUGAUCCACUUGUUCCUAGUGUAGCAGGUUAUAUCAGAUCUUUACAUCUACGAGACCUGUCAAAAACAAGCCUGCAUUCUGUUGCCUAUGAUGUAGGAAGAGCUUUCCAACAUGAUUACUUGUAUGAGUGCAUACAGGACUAUGCUUGUGACAAUAUGCAAGGGAGCGAUGUCCCAUCCAGAAUUGGUGCUGCUGCUGGUCCAGCAAGAGCUCCAUUUGAGUCAUCAGGUACACCUCAAGUAAACCAGUCUGUGAUGAACAAAGUUGCUUCUUAUCACAGGAAUUUGGACAUUACCGACUUUGUUCUGCAGGUCAUAACCCUUCAAGGGUACAGAAGUAACAUGACCAUGGAUGACGACACUGACACUGCCACACCUUCCUCUGGUCUUGUGUACAGACCUAUCCGCCAACGCCUUUAUGGCAUCCUUCUACAAUCACAUGUUCAAGGAAGCGUGGUGGGUUUGUCUGGACCAGUGAAUGCAGGAGGGCUUUCAGUACAGUUUGGAACUGUGGAAGAAAUGUGUGCUUAUGCUGGAAAUCCAAUGGAUGUCCCAGAUGUUGUUCAAGGGAUGCCCCUAGAUAUUGUUCCUCAUCCCAGAUUAGAAGACUUAUGCGUUGAUGAUAUCACAGAUGAUGUUCAAAGACUACGUCUUAGAGUCUUCUUCUCCUGCAUGUACUGUACCAAGCUCUUUGAAGAUGGAAUUUUGGAUGCCAUCCCCGAUCAUCACAUCCUGCUCUGCUGCAUCCUCCAUUUUCUGCUCAUCCAUGCUGCGGAGUCUGCUCUAAGGUCAUGUGAUAUUGAUGCCUUCGUAGCACAAGCCAUAUGCUUCCAGGGUCAUAGCCCAGCAACACUGAAGCGAUUGCAGGUUCCUAGAGUAAGUUCCAGGGGAGUUCACCUAGCAGCCAUCUUUGUGAGAGGUCUGACUACAGGUCUCUUUGCCAACUCAACCUGUUGUCUUCCAUUCCGUAUGGAAUCACUGAUGCCAUGGUACACGUUUGAUGGAAAACUCUUUCACAUUAAAUACAUAGCGGCAGAGGAUGGAAGUACCCCGGAGCAGCUUUGUGAACAUAAGCCCGGAGCAGUGGACGUGUUUCACAAGAUGAAGGGAUGGAUCAUCCGAGGAACAAGACUCCAGAGCCGCUAGCAAACUACUGAUGAUACUGGUCCCUCCAAGGAAUUAUGUAACUUAUGAAGCUUGUUUGUUAUGCUACAAUGAGUGGACAUCCCAUUUCCAGGUAGCAUCUUCAUUAGUGAAUGAGCACCAAUGGUUACCUUGGAGGCUAAUCAACAAAUACUACUAGUAUCCUGCAUGCCCGGGAAAAGAGCAUCAAAUUUCUGAAGAGUGUUGUAUUCCCAAGUUAGCCUUGUAGUAAUUAAACUUUUAAGGUGAUAAUGAAACCAUUCUUGUUCCUGUUGUGGGUGUACUAAUGAGCCCCUGGGGUGUUGGGUCAUAGUACUAUGCCCACCAAACUACAUUGUUCCAGGCAAGCUGUAACCAUGGCUUUUCUAGGUUGAGGAUUUUAAUGAACUGUUGUUUGUUUAAUAAUUAUAUCAUUGUUCAGUCAAACUGCGACCAAGGGAUUCUUUUAUUCUGCAGAAUGUUCACUUUGAAGGAAAAAAAUUGGCAUAAUUAAAUUUCUUUACACAUUUUUGCCUUUGAGCAAGUGAAACUACUACCGAAGUAUAUCUUGACAUUGGUUUGUGACCAACCAAACUUGUAAUCAUUAAUAAUAUAUUGCUUCAUAUUAAUGCCAUGAUGAUAAUGAAACCCUACAAUCCUACGUGAUUCUUCACAAUGAUUGGGUUUGAAUUCACAAAGGUGGUUUUAAGAAGGCAUAUGAAACCAUGUAUUAUGUAGAUUUUUUGCACUGAAAUUUGUGCUUGAUUUAGCAUAUAGAUAGAAAAGGAUGCAUUGGUAGGCCUGUAUGUGAACACAUGUCCAGGAUGCUAAAUAUAUGCUAUUUUUGCUCUGGUUUUAAACCAAUUUAUCUAAAUCAAUAAAUCAUGGGUUCAUUUCAGUAGUCUGAAUACCAAGAGCAAAUUAGGCUCCCUCUGCCAAACACUUGCAUUCACUAUCAGUGUAGUGCAGAAACUACCCUUCAUAUCUAAAAACUAUUUUCAAAUUCAAUUCAUUGGUUUUGACACCAACUUUGUUAAUUCAGGUCUUCAUGAUUAUAUUGUUAGAACAUGUAUUUUUACUCUUCGAUAUUUUUAUUUUGGGGGGGGGGGAUGGUGCUUCUAAUAACUCAAAUGAUACCCCUUUACUUUUUUCUGAGAGUCCUUAUUUGUUUUUUGAAUAAAAUGCUUGGAAUAUUAUUUGUUUAGCCAAGCUACAAAUUUCUUUCCAAUAUCAUGAAAUGUUUUCAUUAUCUCACAUGAAAAAUUACACCUUUAUUCGUUCUUGUAAGGACUAACUAUAUUUUUCUCCAAGGUAUACCUUUGAAUUUACAAAGCUCUAGAAUGUGUGAGAGAUGUAAUGAUUUGGGGAUAUAAACAGUUUUUGUGCAAUAUAUGCUAAAACUGUAGGGCAGUUUGAAAAACCUAUAAUUCAAUUUAAAUCUUGUCUUACAAAAUUGAUCAAAUGAAAUUAAGAUCAUAAUCACGCUACAAUAGUAACUUCAACUUGUACCUUAUUCUCUAUCACAUUGAACUAUUUUCUUUCUGUAUCCAAAAUUCAUUAUUGUACAACUUUCAUUCAUCAAUGAAUAUAUGUAUCUCGUUAAAAAUGUAAGAGAAGUGGGAUAAAUGUUGCCAAUUGACGACAAUGACAUGUCUAGAAUCAAGAGAGAUUGAUAUUGUUUGAUGGAGUUGAAUAAGUGCCAAUAAAAAUCUUGCCAUAUGGACAAAGUAAGUGAAAAAUUGUGGUUGCUCUUUGUCUAUAUUAUUUUUACUUUUCUGAUAUCUAUCAUUUGUAAAAUGAAGCCGGCAUUGAACGACAACGUGACAAAUGACGAUAAUUGAACACUGGUACUUAUAUACAGUAUUUUUCUGUUGAGAUUAAAAUCAUGAUUCGAUUAAGUUUUGUUAUCACAAAGGUGUGACAAACAUGCUGUUAAUUUCUAUAUAUGUGGUAAAUGAAAAUAUAUCAAAGAUAUAGAAUUUGUAAACAUGUAGUAAAUGUAGUAUAAGAAAUGAUACCUAUUUCCAAAUAAUAAGGUUUGGAAAAUAUAUAUUCUCACCUUUAGCAUGAACUUAUGUGAAUUAAAUGUGAAAUGAAUUAUUUUAUAAAUUACUUUAUAUAGGAAAGCCUUUUCCAUGCAUGUACUCCAAUUAAAUGUAUUUGAAUAGGUAAUACAUUUUCUAUAAUUGACAACUUAUCUUGGGGAUAAAAGAAUUGUUCAUAGUGUGGUUGUCUACAGAAUCAAUCAAAGCUAUGUGACCUCAUAAGAGUUCAUAUUUGAAAUGAGUGAAUUUCAAUGUUUAUGCAAUAUGAUUAUGUUAAAAUAUUUGGAAUUAUGCCAUUUUAGCUAUAGAAGAAGCAGCCUCUUAAUGAUUGGGAAAUUUGAUUAUGAUGCAAAUGAGAAUGAGUGUAUACCAUCAGAUUUUUUAAAUCACAAAAAUAAUCAUGAAAAAUUCUGUCUUGUGGUUAUACAUGUACAUGUAUAUACUGUGCUCAGAAAUGUUUGUCAUAUUUUGGAAGUUAGGGCUUCUAAAGAGCAUCUUUUGCAGAGAAUAUUUUUACUGCAAUUUGUAGUUAAGAUGAAAAUAAACAAUUCAUCAGUUUUCACUUGGUCAAGAAUAUGUGCAGAAAACUCAUCAUAGCACAUACUACUCAAAGAAACAAAAUGUGAUUCUUAUAGGCAGGUGGUGUUCAUUGGUAGCUUUGCUCUCCAAUUAGAACUAUACUACAGGGUUAUACAGCCUUUAUAGAUUAAAAAUCUUUAAUAUUACAGGGGCUGUUUCACAAAGAUUUAAGUAUGACUUAGAGUCGCACUUGCCCAGUUGUGUGUAUUAUAUAAGGCUUGACAGCAUUGGUCAGUUCAUGCAAAGAGAAUGCGCACUAUCUCGUAUUUAUCAAUAAGAUUGCGUGCUGCAUAUCGUGUGUCAGCAUUUAAGUGCGACUUAAGCCACACUUAAAACUUUGUGAAACACCCCCAGGUUUUACUUUAAUAAGCAGGUUUGACUGUAUUGAUGUUUAGUACUUGACCUAGUGUGUCUUGUAUCAGUCUCUCUUUAUCUUGAUUACUUAUAUCAUACAGUUGUGCUCAAUAGAUAGUGACCCCCUUCACAAAAUGCAUUCCUCCAUGCCGAGUGUUGAAUGUAAGACAACGACACUGCAUUGUUCAGCGGGUCCUGAGAAACAAUCUUUAUUGAAUGUAAUAUUUAAUUGCCCGGCUUCACAAUGAAGUAUCUAGAUGCUGGCAAAACUCUAAAAAAAACUUUAAAUAUGUUCAUUUUUGUGUUGGGUUCACACAGUUUUGAGCACCACUGUAUAUGAUAUAGUGUACUGAAAUACUGAUACCAGUUUUAUCAAGAAGGUAGAGGCUGAAUAAAAAUAUGAUAUGAUAUGCAAGAGCUACUUGCUAACUGCAAUUUGACAAAUUUGAAUUGAAAUUUUGCAUUUAUCACUCUUGUUAGAAAAGGAAUAUGAUAUGAUUGUUAUAGCCACUGCCAAAUGAAAAAUCAAAUUAUGAAUCACAUACAGGCGAGCCUGCUGAAGUAAAAUGUUUUGGGACAGAUAUCUUCUUGACUUGAGAUAUGAAUAACACAUGCUUUGCAUAAUCUAGUCCAGAAAAACUGCUUUAACCUUGGCAACUAUCUUAAAAUGCAAGGCAUGUUACCAGGUGCUUAUCGAGCAUCAGAUGGGCCCAAUAUUGUCUGGGGACAAUAGUAACUAUGUUGCUUGUGUAUGGUUCUUACAUUUCUUUAUCAAAGUUGAUGGUAGAAAUGCUAUUGGUAACGUCAUUCAAUUCAUUAUCAUUCAUUGGAGCAUAAAAUCAAACUCCAUGAAAUGCCGUUCGAUCUAGCCAAACUGCGUAUGACUUUGAGGAGAGCAAUUCUUAUGCGAGUAUAAACUACUAGUAUGCACAAACUGUUGUUUAAACUUGUGGCAAACUACUCGUGAACUAGUCAUGAACUAGUCGUGAAAUGUGUGCCAUGGCACGACGAGGUUGCGCAGUUUACGAAUAGUUCAUGCCAAUAAUCGCUGAAAUUUGUUGUGCCAAGAUUUUAGAAGUUUUAAAAUUUUGGCACGACACUUCAAGCAAUGUUCCGCACCAGCCCCCGCACACUUCACAAUAACUAGUCAUGAACUAUUCGGGGCCCAAAAUCAUGCAAGUGUACUAGUAGCAUUGUGCAGACACUAGUACUGGGUAACCAUUUAAUCUGCUUUAAAAUGUUGUUUGAGGUCAAAUGUAAAAUCUGACAACUGGGACCUGCUACAUAAAAGACUGUAAUUGAUUAUAGGGCAGAUUUUGACAGUGAUAUGAUCAUCUUGGGGCCAUGCAUUAUGGGCCCCAGGUGUCAGACAGUACUGAAGAGUUUAAUAUACCAGUAUAUUUGGCCCAUUUCUUACAGCACAUCCAUCUAGAGUUUUUUUCUUUACCUGUUGUAAUCCAAGGAAUUCAGGAAAGUCAAGUAGUCAUUUAAACAGAAAAACAACUGAAUACUGUUUUGAAUUCUCAUUGUUUUACAUCUAAUUUCCAUAUGUAAUUUUAUUUUUUACAAAUAAAUGUGUUUUUCACUGUAAAAAGCUACAAGAGUGCUCAAGUUUCUAUCAUUUUAUGUAUACCUUUCAAAAGAAAAAGGUAAUGUAGCAUUGCUCAGAAGUGCACAUUUAAAUAAGAAAUACAGGUAUAAAGUGUGGGACUUCAGUUAUACAGAAGCAGACCCAACAAUUUAAGUUUGCCCUUGCUCAUACCUUGGUCACAUUUGCUCUACGGCCGCCGUAUGGCGAGUCGAAAACAGCCGUUUUAUUCCUUUUUAUUAAAAUCACCUAUUUUUUAGCCAAUUUAAAGUAUCUACCUCAGAAAAUGUUGGUAAAACUUGUGUUAUUAUAUUAUAUGCUCUGUAGCCAUCAUGCACAUAAAAUAUUUAUUAAGAUAAAAUUGACCAACCUACUGGCCUAAUGUUGUAUUUAAAAAAAAAGACAAAGUAAACCCCAUAUGACCAGUGUGGUUUUAAGAAUCAAACCAUACCCGGUAAUAGUUAUAAUGAGCCCAUAUAACAAAUGUAUAGUGUCAAUAUAUAAAAUACGGGAUAAACAGGCCACAGUUGCCUAUUUUAACAAGUAAUUCAUAGAAUUUUCGUUCGACCAUACAAACUGACAAAUUAGCUUUCUCUGACAGAGAAAUCCUUGAUUUUCAUUGGCUAAUAAACUUGAAAAAAAAAUCAGUACUUUAUUCUGGUUUAUUAAGACGAAAUACAGGAUUACUACUUUGUCCUACCAGCAACGCCCAUGGCCUGAAACUUGUACUACAGUCACAAAUACAUGUACCUUUACAAACACUGUACAAACAAUUUUUAUACAUAGCAAUUAAUGUUAUAAAAUCUUUCAUACGUUGUUCAUAGAGGUAUUUGUGAAUGUAGCAUUAAUAAAAAUUGUCAUUACUGCAAAAAUCUGAAGAUUUUUUGAUAGUUGGAAAUCUAUUAUGAAAUUGUCACAUUCACUUGCGAAUUGUUAUUCAAUUAUUAAUGGCAUGAAACGAUUCAAUAUCUACAUCCAAGAGACCAAAAUUUUGGAGCAGGGAUUUCUUCCUUUACAGUACAACAUACAUAAACAUUCUUUAUGCACUGGUUAAUUCUACCAGAUUCAAUAUUCAAAUUCAAUUAUCUCACAAUUGACAAUUGUCUUGAGGGGAGGUCCACCAAGGCAUGGGGGGGGGGGGUAAUGUCACAUGCAAGCUGCUCUAUGAAUUUCAUAAAUUGACUUUUUAUAUGUGGUUCAUCGUGAUAUUACAUUCCAUUCAGCGGGUACUGCUGCUCAUGUGUACUUAACUCUGAUAUUCUGCAGUGGAUUUCCAUUAAAUCUCUCAUUUUCCCCUUUAUCAAACCAACUUGAAGUCGGGAUUGAUCCCCAUUAAAACAUAUACAUGAAUAUAUAGAAAAAAAACAACAUAAAAACAUAUAGUACUAGAAUUUGAAGAUGCUUUGGGAAAUAUGGGCAUUAUUACCCACUGGUAUGCAAAGCUAAACUUAUUGUCGACAAACAAACAGAAGCCUUCUUUUACAAGGAUUCAUGACUGAUUUCAUCAAUCUUACCCAUGGAAUGCCAGUGAUGACCUAUCUAUCACAUAGAAUGUAUUUUGCCCUCUUAUAAACAAAAGAGAGCACAAUAAUUGGAUAAAUCAAUGUUCAAUGUAUAAUUGUAAAUCAUUACUUGAGUGAGCUAUGAUUGGACAAUUCAUGUGAUCCACUAUACUGCCAGCAAGCUUUAUUACCUGGCAUUCAACACAAAUAUUAAACACCUCCUUUUCCGGUGGAACUUGAAUGCAAUUGCCUUGUUCACAGCAGAGUCUGAGUAAGACAAUUAUCACUAAUCAUGCUAAUUCAUUUUUCAAUUAUUGCCAUCCAUGAAUCUGUGCAGAUAAUUUACCCUACUGGCACAAGAAAGCAAAGUGCAGCAUUACAUUACGUUUAUUUUUGUCUUGUGAAAGUUAAUUGCAGGAAAAAAAACAAGAACCAGCUAGAUGAACAAACAUAUCAACACAGACAUUGCAAUUACAGUGAAAUAUGACCGACUAAACAUCUGAUACACACAAAUGCAGCCGUACACAGGAACUGAAUCAAACAUAUCAUGCCAAAAAUUUUGAAAUAAUAUCAAUAGUAUUGAUCAAAAUCAAUAUUUUUUAUUUAAAUAGUGGGUCACUCGAAUUCCAUUCUAGAUGACAAAUUAUGGUGUCAAUGGCUUUCCAUAGAUGAGAUCAAUUUGAAUAACAUGCAGCAAUACUUUGAUAUCAAUC